CUUUCGUUUUGUCUGGCAGCUAUAGUUCUGGCAGUGGUAGCUAGCUGUGUUUGCUGCGUGCCUGAUCUCCUGGCCUGGCUGUUGUUACCACAGAUCUUAUAAGGCCUAGAGGCCUAUAAUAUGUUGACAGUAACUGACUUUAGAUAUAUCAGAUUUUAUAUUUAUAAAAAUGGGAGUGACAUGUGUCAGUCAGUGGAUGAUAGCGGAGAAUCGGAACAUCCAACAAGUUGUUGAAAAUGUCAACAAGCGUCUAGAUCUCCUGGGAGCAAACAAAACUGGAAUAUUCUGUGUCGACUGUGAAACCUACCAAGCAUUAACACAAACCCAAGGACAAUCAAAAGUUAUUCACACGAUUCAUAACACAGAAUUUCCUCUGUCGUCUUUUGCUGUGACUGACUCGGGAACCUGUUUGGUGUGCGACACAAAUUUUGACGGAAUUAUGCAAAAAUUAAAAGGUUUUUAUGGUCAACGGAAACUUCCAAAGAUCGAGUCAAAAGGACAGAGGUUUGAGCUGGGUGAUUUUGUGAUCAAAGUGGGAAUAGUCUCUGUUGGAUCUCACACAAAAGGAUUGUUAGUUGAGGAAAGCUCAGGUUGGAAGGUGAAAGCACAAGCCUGUAGCCAGGGGGUUUAA